UCUACAUGUCACUAGAUGACGCAGCGCUCAUUGAUCAGGGAACCGGUUGGACCGUCGCUUAUAUCAUUAAAAAGGGGAAGUUAUUGCCCUUUGGAACAAAAUGAUCGCCAAAAAAGAACGCUAAAACGAAUGAGACUGAGGAACUGUGACAGAGAAGGAGAUCGCUAGCAGGAAGCCAUGGAGCUAGGUCUUGCACUAGAAGAUGAGGACAUGGGGCAGACACGAGAUCGGAGUAACAUCCCGACCCUCACAUCGUUCAACGCCAAAGUGUGCUCGCCACUGUGGUUCGAGUCCGAACUGAACCUGACAGAUGACAGUGUGUCCGAGACAAACUCUCAGUUGCUGAAGUUCAGUGGAGACCUUCACUAUCGCCAUGGCAACUUUGCAUCAGCAGCUGAGAUGUAUUCAAAGUCCUUCAAGGUACUGCCCGGACACGCCCAGGCAACCCGACUAGACCUCCACCAGUCCAUGACAAGAUGCUACCUGAGACUGGGGCGUGUACAGGAGGCAGCGGACACCGCACAAUACUUGGUGGAAACAGCUCAGAAUAUUGAUCAAAAGAAGCAGAGUUACAUUCUUAAGUCUGAGGUUGCCAUAGCAACACAUAACUGGCAGGAAGCUGAGAGUUGUCUCCACUUCCUGAUUGGUCAACAGCCACACUACACUCACUUCUGGCUGCAGCUUGCACAGAUCUGCCAACAGGGGGCACUACAUGACAGCCACAACCACCAGGGUGAGCUCAUGGUAGAAGAGUGUAAGCGGAUGAAGUUGAUCACAUGCUACCUCCGAACAAAACUGCUACUUCAGAGUGUGCACCGUAGUGUGAGUGAAGUGAUCCGUCAACGUGAUCAAGCCCUUCUGCAGCAGAUGGAGGAGAGGCUGGAGGAGUUGGAGGUAUCUGAGGAGAUAAUGGCUCGGGGGUCGGAGUUUCUGGGGCGGGACAUUCGUCUGGAGAAGUGGGAUGGUGAUGAUCUUGAAAGCAACAACCCUGACAAAACUCUCGACAAAACAUUCAAGGUCAGAAACUUAUCACACAUAGUGGAUGUACAGACAUGACACCAACCCUGCAAAGAUAUGCAGUCAAUGUUCAUGAUAUUUGCUUUUUACAAAAAGAAGUUCAAAUACAUAUGUAUAUAUUCCUCAUAAUCAUCACUGUCCUUUUAUUGCAGCUUCCCGUAGGGGGGCGGGAGGACUUCAACAUUCGAUGGUUUGCUUGGUCCUCAGUUACCUCCCCUUCCGACGACAAAGUGAAGGUCAACACAUGACAACCAUUCCAGUAUUGUCAAGUGUGUAAGACCCAGAUUCCGUCACAUCAUAUUGACCUUAGCUCUGCUCCCGAGGUCCCACAGAGACCUUGGCAUCACAUGACGCGUGUCUAGGUCAUCUUGAGGCACACUAUGGGGAAGCCGUCACCCUUGUGUCGACUGACCAGGUCCAGCAUGGUCUGUUUCUUGUGCAGCGCACGUGAGGACUCCAGCUCAUACAGAGUGCACAAGUUGAAGAGGAUGCCCUCGUGGAGGUUGUUGGCAGGGUCGCGGUGGACGAGGGACUCCAGCGUGUUGAGGGCGUCUUUGAGGCGGCCCAGGUACAGCGAGCACACCGCCAUGUUGUUGACAGCCUAGACAGGAAAGGGGAUUCUCAUAUGACAUGUUUUGUUAUUAAUAAAAUUCUGUGCUGGUA